CCAGCCUGUUUGUCUGCCAGCCUUUUUGUCCUGGUCUUCAGGGACUGAGAAGCAGGGGCAAAAUGCCACGCUGGGGUGCAGCUUACUGCUGUGGCCCCUUUAAGAGCGAUGGGGGCGGGGCUUGUGGCUACCGUUGCUGGGGAGACAGCACAGCGGUUCCUGACUCCAGGGCCACCUCUGUGCCCUAGCCUUGGAGAGCCACUGAGUGUCCAGUGGGACAGUGGCCCUGGCCGGCCUCAUAACACAGACUCCUGAGACCUGAGAACGUGCGUGUGUACGGUUGAGAGGGUCUGGAGUCUCGGAGAGAAAAAAGCGCCCUUUGCAUCUCUGAUAGCCUCUGAGAACAGAAAAAAAUAACAAAAACUCAGUGAGAAAGUUUGCAUAUAUUUGUACUUCGACAGAAGACUGAAAGCCUAUCGUAAGGGCAGGCUUAUGUCCAGAUAAUACUGUGCUUGAAAACAAAUAGAUGUCAAACAAAGGAAUCAUUGGAUAUUUAUAUGUGUAAAGCAAACUAAAACUUCCAAAGACAAUGGUGAAAGAAAAGAAAAAAGCAGACAAAAAAGGCGAUAAAUCAUCGCGCUCUCCCUCAUCCUUCUCUGAUAACCCAGAGUUAUCCAAGCAGGAUACCAACAUCCCUAGGCAAGAAAUAUCCCCAGUUGCCGUCCAGCCAUUGGAAGUACCAAUAGAGCCCGAAAUGAUUCAGGAGGAUGAAGAUACCACCCAGUAUGAAGAGCCCAUUCUGACCAAACUCAUAGUGGAAAGGUACGAAGGGGAGAAAGUCUGUGGACUGUACGAGGGAGAAGGCUUUGCAGUCUUUCAAGGUGGUAGCACCUACCACGGUCUGUUCUCAGAAGGACUCAUGCACGGACAAGGGACUUACAUCUGGGCCGACGGGUUAAAAUACGAGGGGGACUUUGUGAAGAACAUGCCCAUGAACCAUGGUGUCUACACGUGGCCUGACGGCAGCAGGUACGAAGGAGAAGUGAUAGACGGCUUGAGGAACGGAUUUGGGGUCUUCAGGUGCAGCACACGGCCCGUGUCCUACAUCGGCCUCUGGUGCCAUGGCACGAGACACGGGAAGGGCUCCAUUUAUUACAACCAAGAGGGCACUUCCUGGUACAAAGGCGACUGGGUACAUAACAUCAGAAAGGGCUGGGGCACGAGAUGUUACAAAUCCGGAAACAUAUAUGAAGGCCAGUGGGAAGACAACAUGCGCCACGGGGAGGGCAAGAUGAGCUGGCUGACGACCAAGGAGGAGUACGAAGGCCACUGGGAUCGGGGUGUCCAGAAUGGUUUUGGAACACACAAGUGGUUUAUAAAGAGAAUCCUCAACUCCCAGUACCCUUUGAGGAAUGAAUACAUAGGAGAGUUUGUAAACGGAUGUCGCCACGGACGCGGGAAGUUUUACUACGCCAGCGGAGCCGUGUACGAGGGAGAGUGGGUUUGCAACAAGAAGCAUGGCAUGGGCCGAUUCACUUUCAAGAACGGGCGCGUGUACGAAGGGCUGUUCUCCAAUGACCACAUAGCACAGUUUGUGAGCCCCGAUGAAGAUGUGCAGAGUUACCUGGACCUGCACGCCAAAGCGGCCCGCACGGGCAGGCAGCACAGACCUUCCGUCAGUGCCGAUAUGAUCAGAAAGCUUGAGGGCACCGAGAGUCCCUCCACGAUGGGACUGAGCAUGGAGCUGGACCUCAGCUUGCUGGUGAACAUGUACCCUAAGGAGGAGCAGGCCGAGGAAAAGAAGCAGGUAGAAUAUGCUCUCUUAAGAAACAUUUCAGAAUUAAGAAGAAUCUAUAGCUUCUACAGCAGCCUUGGAUAUGAUCACUCCCCAGAUAAUACCUUCUUGAUGACAAAGCUUCACUUCUGGAGAUUUCUAAAAGACUGCAAAUUUCAUCACCACAAAAUAACUCUUGCUGAUAUGGACAGGAUAUUAAGUGCCAGUAAUGAUAUACCAGUUGAAGAAAUUCAUUCUCCAUUUGGAACAAUACUUCUGAGAACAUUCUUGAGUUACCUCCUGCAGUUGGCUUACCACAUCCAUCACAAAGAAUACCAAAAUCGAAGCCCGUCACUCUUUCUGUGUUUUACAAAGCUGAUGACUGAAAACAUUCAUCCAAAUGCCUGCCAGGUAAAAGGUAACUUAUUCAGUGAGGGGGCGCUCUGCACGAUGAGUUACGUUGAUAAGUGCUGGGAGAUUUAUAGAGCUUACAGCAGACCGAACACAGCUCCUCCUGGUGAGCUUACGAUGAAGAUGAGACACUUCCUGUGGAUGCUGAAAGAUUUUAAAAUGAUAAAUAAAGAAUUAAGUGCAACCAAAUUCGUGGCAGUAAUAGCAGAGGAUAAUCCUUUCAUACAUGAUGGAAUUGACAGCAACUUUGAACUUGAGCUGGUUUUCCUGGAAUUCUUUGAAGCUCUUAUAUCUUUCUCACUCAUCUGUGUUCCUUAUCAAAGGACUGCAUUCUCUUUAAAUGAUGACUUGUCUGGAAAUAGAUAUGAAAGUGCUCAAAUACUGAUAAAUCAGAGCGCCCCGAUCAAGACUUCGAGUGCAGUCAGAAGCCAAGAGUCGGACAUCAUUCACUUCACCCGCACCAAGUCUUCUUCAAGCAAGUUAGGACUCGCGUCUGAUUCUAAAGUAGGGAAAUUUGAGCCUCAGAUCAAGAAGUUUCUCUGUGAUGACAAAAGUUCCAAAAUGAAUUCUAAACCCGCAGAAAAAGAGAAAUACGAGAAGCCCAAGGAGGACCAGAAGGAGAAGCUCACCACGUGGGACAAUAACAUGCAUGCCUUCUUUAUGCACACCUUCUUCCAAGCUUACAAACACCAGCAAAUGCUCGAGGAGAAGGUGAAGGAGCACCGCGUACAGGAGGCAGCACUGGUUCAGCAGAGGAAGGCGGAGAACGAAGAGCUGGAAGCAAGGCUGAGUAUCCUAAGGGAGGAAGAGGCCAAGAAGCAAGACCUGGAGAACAUCGACAUCACUGUCCUCCAGGAGUCCAUGGACUUCCCGACCUCAUUCCCACCCCGCAUGCCGAGCCCUCUCAAAGAGGACUCGGCUAUAUCCCAGACCACCAAGUCCACCCCGAGCAAGAAGAAGAAGAAGUAAAGGCACUCAGUGCUGCAGCCUGGCCUUGAGGAUCAGCAAACGUAACAGCUCAGACCCAUGAGAAAACUGGAUGUUACCUCUGCUGCCUGUGGUCCGAUUGGUCCGCUGCAUCUGAGUGUCUCACUCAGCCAAUCGCUAAAAAGCCCGCAUGAACCCACACACAUAUGCACAUUAAUGACUGUGCAUUAAAUGUUUAAAAAAAUCACAGUGAAGUAGUGAUUAAAUUUAGACUGAUCAAACAGAUCAGAGUUAGCGCAGCAUUGGAGGAAUUAAAAUGUUUCUU